AUGUGCAACGGUUCAAUCCUCAGUAUAAAAUACGAUGAUGAAUACAAAGUUUCGACUGACUUCUCAAUUCUCUAUAAGAACGAUGUGUACAAUUAUACUGAGUAUCGAGUUCUCAAUGAUGGCAUAAAAAUUUGUGACUCCACUGAUAAUUUCUUAAGGAAUAUUUGGAAAGAACGCAAUAAAUGGGUAAAGGCGCUAAUGCAGUAUGGAAUUUGCAAUAAUCUCCCUGUAUACUUUGUCUUUACUCGACGGGAAUACACUUUGCUCAAGGAUUUUAAAGUUCGCAUUUUGGCAAGAAAGAAGCUGAUAACAAAGUACGAUUACGCUGUGUUUAAAGGUAAACUUAUAACAUAUGUGACUGAAUGCGCUAAUGUUACUUUUACUAUAAAAUAUGAAGAUGAAUACAGAGUAUGGAACAACUUCUCAAUGAUGUACCAAGGUCGAAUGCACUCUUACGAUGAGUACAGAAUAACGGAUGAUGGUCUACUAGACUGUAAUUCUUCCGACCGUCUUAUUAAACAAAAGUGGCGGAAUUUCAUUGUUUCGGAAAAGAUAACGACAGCUUUCAAACAUUGUAGUGUAGCUGUCGACGGUUUUUACUCCGAAAAUUACACAUUACAUACAAACUUUACUGUUUUCUUCAAACCUACCAAUCAAAGUUUCACAAGGAAAGAUUAUGGAGUGAUUAUGGGGUAUUUUGCAAUUUGUUCAAGAAAGCUCAGAUCGUCCUGCAAUGAUGAUUUGGUCAAAGUAAAGUACGGUGAACAAUACAAUGUUUAUAAAAACUUUUCGCUGGUUUACAACAUCAAGAUAUACGAUUAUUGCGAAUAUCGAUUAAGUCACAACAGUAUUGAAAUGUGUAGUUCCAAUGAUUCAAGAGUUCAGGCGAUUUGGAAAACGCGAAAUUCGUGGCAAAAGUCAUUACCCGCAUUCUGUUAUCGUUCUUAUAAAUUGAAUGCAAGAUACUACGCUGUGACAAAGCAGUUCAGUUGCUGUGUAUUCGGCAGAUACUGGUCAAUAUUUCGAAAGAAAUGA